UUUGGGAGAAAAUUGCAUACGAAUACGCAAAAAUGCAGCCACAAAACCAAAUCAUGUCCGAUGUCAUUGUUUGUAAAUUGUCACCAGAAGCCCGCCUGUCCAGUUGAUUAAUUCACGGACAUACAGAAUUGUAUUAACUGACCUGGAACCAAUUGUCAGAUAUCGUAAAUAAAACGUCAGUCGACCCCUGGUCAGUUACUUGUUAUAGUCCAGUUCAACGAUCGGACAAGAGCUAAUACAAUGUCGUCGGAAUUCAGUUACCUUUCAAGACCACGCGAUAAACCCUACAGAUACUGUACUAUAACAGAACUGAUAGAGAGAAACACAAGGAGAUUUCCCAACCAUGAAAUCUUAAUUCACCGGGGUAUUGACGGGUCCCGAGAGGCUCUUACGUAUAAAGAUCUAAACGAAGAAGCCUUAAAGCUAGCCAAGUUUCUGGUGAAGAAAGGCAUCAGGAAAGGAGAUAAGAUAGCCUUGUUUGGCCCGAAUACAUUGGAAUGGGUUAUUGGAGAGCUAGCAAUUGUUUUGGCGGGAGGAGUUGCGGUGCACGUGACAAUUAGCGUCACUGACGCCAGAGACUUAUGGGAUAUCUUCCGGGAGGCUGACUGCAAAGCCUUUCUGAUUGAUCCAGGAAAAGGUGAAGCGUUUCUUGAUUCCAUAUUUCAACUUUUAGCACUCUUUCGCCGCCGCCGACCAUCAAGGGAUUAUAAGGAUGUUGAUUCUAAUGAUUCGACAAUUCUAUUUCUCAGGAAAGUCGACGGAAUUAGAAGUUAUCGCGAUCUGCCCGAAAUUUUGAAGAUGGAGGAUUCUGAUAUUCAACUUCCCACACUUUACCCUGAGGACGAAAUCUUAAUUUUCACAACUUCUGGAAGUACUGGAAAACCAAAGAUGGUCUCGCACUCUCAUUUUGACAUCGCCAAUAUAGAAUUAUUUGAAGCAGAACCAACUGAAGAAUCGAUUAAACAAAAAACUUACAAUGACCGACCCUUCGGCUGGGUAGGUGGAUCGCCUGUAACACAAAUCAGCAACGGCUUGACCAGGGUUUUCACCGACUCUUCAGUCGCCAUCCGAGGGUCUGACGUCAUGGCAGUUUGGAACAUGAUUAAGGAAGAAAAAUGUUCAAAGGCCUUGUUGAUGCCAUAUUUUCUUGGCGACUUAAUUAGCAUGAAAGAUCAUUACGAAGACGAUUUUAAGAUGGACAUCAUCAUGUCUGGUGGUCAAAUAAUUGACGAUUACUAUCUGCAAGUUGUAAAUGUGUAUACUAAAAAAUUUGUAGUUGUGUACGGAUCUACAGAAGCAGGAUUCGUUACCAUGGGACCCCCUUUGAAUGAAGGAGACACAUUAGAAAUUGGAGACGUUGGGGGGCCUUGUGGAGGAGUAGAGCUCAAAAUCGUUGACGAAAAUGGAAGUGUUCUUCCACGAGGGAUGCCUGGGGAGAUGUGCAUAAGAAGCCGAAUGGUUUUUAGAGGAUAUUUCAAGAAUGAAGAAGUAAACAAAACAUCUUUCUUGGGAAACAGAUGGUUUCGCUCUGGUGACACGGCCGUCGUUACCGAAGAUGACAGAGUUAUCAUUCAGGGGCGGAUCAAAGAUAUUAUCUCCCGGGGUACUAGAAAAAUCAUGCCGGAUGCAGUGGAGGAUACAGUCAUCCAAAUGGGCGGCCUUCUCCACGUUGCUGUGGUACCUGUUCCAGACAAACGCCUCUAUGAAGAGGUGUGUCUCUGUUUUGUUCCUGAAAAGGGUUCUGGUGUCACAGUGUCUGAUGUCAAAAAGUUCUGCGACGAAAAUUUCGAGGUCAGACAAUCUGCUGAUGGACUAGGUGAAAAGCCCACAUAUAUUUUACAAUUUGACUCUUUUCCUAUGCUUGCCACUGGUAAACCAAACAAACGCAUGAUAAAACUUGAGGCAGAAAAUCGCAUCAAAUCCGGGUAG